AUGAUAACGGCUAAUUUAACUAUCGAAUCUCCACCUACUUCGGUCAUUCGUCCCAAUGGACAUAGUCAUACUGAUACAAUUACUUUCCAUGCUGUGGGAAAUGCGGGUGAUAGUAAUAUUCGUCAUGAAAGGAAAGGUACUCAAUCUUCAGUAUCUUCAUCUAACGAAGAGACUUCAGCUGAAUAUGAAGGAGGAACCAAGAAUGGCCAACAUACUCAUGCUAUCGUUUUAAUUGGGUUAAGAGGAGUGGGGAAACUGACAUUGGCAUUAAUGGCUCUGGCAGCUUUGAAAUUCAAAUAUGUUGGUGUCGAAAAUUGUGUUCGUGAUUAUACUGGUAUGCCAGAAGCAUUAUAUUUAAAUAAAGUAUCAUUGGAUGAAUAUAAGGAUUUACAAUAUAGAUUGAUUACUCAAUCAUUAACUGAAAAUGAACAUAAAAAUUCUAUUUAUGUCUUACCUUCUUCAUCAAUUGAUAAUGUUAAAGUGGUUGAAUUUUUACAAAAGAAUGCUAAAAAGUAUUGUAUUAUAAAUAUUGAAUGUGAAGAAUUAAGGAUCCUUAAUUAUAUGGAAUAUUCAAAUGAUAUGGAAAAGGGAAUUCAAAUGAUUCAAGCUAAAGUCUUAAAAUAUAGAUCCAUUGCAAAUUUUAAUUUCUUUAAUCUUCAUUCUGAUUUAACUAUGAUUCAAAGAAAUCUAAUCUCAAUUGGUAAUACCGAUAACAACUCAGAAGAAGAUGAAGAUGAAGAUACUAAUCAGCAUCAUCAUCAUUUGCUUUUAAAACCAUUGGAACGAGAAUUUGUUCAAUUCUUAACAUUCAUAAUCAAAGGUUCAAACUCGGCUUCAACUAUAUCCGGAGAUUUACAUUUGAAAUUAUCUAUCGAUAAGAAAUUCUCUCUGUGUUUACAAAUCAGAUAUCCUCAAGUUUUGAAUCUUAAUUUCUGGGAUAAUAUCGAUGAAAUAAUCUAUGGAGUUGAUGCUUUAGAAGUUAAAAUCGAUAUUAUCUUAUUAACAAGACAAAUCAAUAAUGCUUAUGCGAUAGUAAAAUUAGAAGAAUUCAUAGCUCAAUUGAAAAGAAUUACCAAUUGUUCUUUACCCAUAGUAUUAAGUAUUCAUAAUUCGAUUCUGGAUAUUAAUCAAUUCACUCAUGGAAGUUCAGAAGCCAUUAAAUCAGAAGUAUUCAAUUAUUAUUAUAAUUUCCUUUACUCGAUAUCUAAAUUAGCCAUGGAUUAUAUUACUUUAGAUUUAGGUUUAUUCGUCCCUGAUACCAAUCAUGAUUCGACAAUAGUAAUGGAUCAUUUGAAUAAAAUAAAAGGAAAUACCAAAAUCAUCGGUUCUUUCACAUCUCAAGAUCCUGAUUUUUGGAAAAUCAAAAUUAAUGGUCUUGCGAUAGUUGAAUUAUCACGAAAAUUAAAAUUAAAUUAUUUGAGAUUGAAUUCAUUUGCAACUCGAUUAUCAGAUAAUUUUAAAAUAUUCAAAUUUAAUCAAUUCGUUUCUGAAAAUUAUCCUAAUUUAACUAUUUCAACAUUUAAUAAUAAUGAAUUAGGAAAAUUCUCCAAAAUAUGUAAUAAAUUCUUAACUCCAGUUGAUAUCCCCAUUAGCUCCAAUCCAUCAUUAGUAUCGUCUCAAAUUCAUCAAGCUUUAUACUCAUCAUUUUUAUUACCAAGCUUGAAAUUCUACAUCAUGGGAAGAGAUGUAUCUAAUUCUUUAUCACCCGUAAUACAUAAUACAGCUUAUAAAGCUUUAGGAUUGCCUCAUACUUAUGCCACGUUUGAAUGUUCAACUUUAAUGCCAUAUUUAGCUGAAUUAGUUAAAUCACCAAAUUUUGGAGGUACGGCUAUUAUUAUGCCAUUUAAAUUAGAAGCUUUGAAAUAUGUUGAUUCCAUGUCAAAUCAUGUUAAAAUCAUUGGAGCUUUGAAUUCAAUUGUGGCAGAAAGAAGUUUUGAAAAUCCAAAUCAAAUAACUUGCAUUAGAGGUGAAAAUACAGAUUGGUUAGGAGUUCGAUUAUCGUUGAUUGAUAAUAUAUCGCCUAUAAAUGCUGUCAGUAAGAAUAAAACAGCUUUGGUACUUGGAGCUGGUGGUAUGAGUCGUUCGGCCAUAUAUGCAUUGAUCCAAUUAGGUUAUCAGAGAAUUUUAUUAUAUAAUAGAACAUUUAAUAAAGCUCAGGAUUUGGCUAAUUAUUAUAAUUCAUUAUCACCUAUAAGGCCAUCUUCAUCACUUUCAACAGGAGAAUAUGAUUCAAAUAUUGAUGAUUUAAAAUAUUUUGAAAUCAUCUUACUAAAUGAUGAUGAAUUCAAUGGAGGUAUUAUUCCUAAUAAUUUCAAUUAUCCAACCAUUAUUAUAAGUUGUGUUCCAAGUUCAGAUAGGAUAACAGGUCAACCUACCAAUAUUCAAUUCUCUCCUAAUUGGUUUAAGAGUCCCUCAGGAGGGGUUGUUUUAGAAACCGGUUAUGAACCAUUAAUAACACCAAUCCUUCAAAGAGCUAAACAAUAUAAAGAUAAAGGUUGGGUGUCAGUGAAUGGAUUGAAUUACCUUUAUGCACAAGCAUUAGCUCAAUUUGAGAUGUUUACAAAUAAACCAGCUCCAAGAGCAUUAAUGAAAUCAGUUGUGAUUGAACAUUAUAAAACUAACUACGCAUAA